AUGGCCUUCAUCAAUGAUGCAGAUAGAAAGGCAGAAGUUGAAGAUGAUAAAACACAGGAAGGAAUCAAAACAGCGGUUAAGUUGGUGAGAGAAGCAGUUUUUCGCAUAGAAGAUGUCAUUGAUGAAUAUACUUCCUGUGGGGAACAACAGCCUUCUGAUCCUGGUUGUGCACCAGCCACUUCUAGCAGAAACCGAGACGUCACAUUGCAUAACCUUCAAAUGCUUCCUUUUUACACUGAGGAAGCUGAUGUUGUGGGCUUUGAAGUCCCUAAAGCUGAAUUGAUUGGUUGGUUGGUAAAGGGAAGAGCGAAGCGCACUGUCAUCUCUUUGAUAGGAAUGGGAGGGCAAGGGAAAACUACUCUUGCCAAGAAAGUUUUUGAUAACAAAGAAGUGAUUGGGUACUUCAAUUGCCAUGCAUGGGUCACAGUAUCUCAGUCGUACACCGUGGAUGGAUUGUUGAGGGACAUGUUGCAACAAUUUUGCAAAGAAAAGAAGGAGGUUCCUCCUGCUGAUAUUGCUACAAUGAAUCGAGACUCAUUGAUAAAGGAAGUAAGAAGCUACUUGCAGCAAAAGAGAUACGUUGUCCUCUUUGAUGAUGUAUGGAAUGAACAUUUCUGGGAUGAAAUUGAAUUUGCUUUAAUUGAUGAUGAAAACGGAAGCAGGAUAUUUAUCACAACUAGAGACAUGCGUGUUGCAAGUUGUAGUAAAAAAACUUCUUUUGUUGAAGUGCAUGAGCUACAACCAUUAACUCAUGAGAAAUCCUUUGAGUUGUUCUGUAGGAAGGCAUUCAGAUAUGAUUUGAACGGAUGUUGUCCACAAAACCUUAUGGGUAUAUCUUCCGAAAUUGUUAAAAAAUGUGAGGGUUUGCCACUAGCAAUUGUGGCCAUUGGUGGCCUUUUAUCUACCAAAGGUAGAGAUGCAUUUGAAUGGGAAUGA